AUGGAGAAGAAACAAGACGGACACAUCGCAUUCUUGGAUGUCGAGGUUUCAAGACUACCAGAUGACACCCUAUCCCGGACAGUAUAUAGGAAGCCAACACACACCGACCGCUACCUGAACAACCGGUCAUUCCACCACACCAGCAUCAAGGCCCCUGUCAACAGAACCCUCGUACGCAAUACCUCCCACCGGAUCCAGUGCAUCUUUUUACACCAUGGCAUCAAAGUCUUCCAUACCACCCCCAACAAGAUCCAAGCAACUCUCCAGUCUCACAAGGACAAACAAGACCCCAAGACCAAGCCAGGGGUCUACAGGAUCCCCUGUGAAUGUGGCAAGGUGUACAUUGGCGAAACUGGCAGAGGUCUCACUACCAGACUCAAUGAACACCGAGCCCACGGACGAUGGGGGGAUCUCGAGAAAUCUGCCAUCAUCAAACACUCCAGCACUGAAGACCACCAAGUCCACUGGCAACAAGCCCAUCUCAUUGCCAACAUAGAGCAAUGGUAUCCACGCCGUGUUCGUGAGGCAAUUGAGAUUCACAAGAACAGAACAGUUCCACAAGACACAGGCUUCACCAUCAGUUACAUCUGGCGCCCCAUCCGCAACCCUUCUUAG